AUGGAGUUGACGGUGGCAUCUACGAGGCGAAAGAUGCAGCACGUCUUGACAAAGGCCGAUUAUCAUGACAAAAUGGUUCUCGAAGCUUUAGACUUAGCUGAAGAACGAUUAUUGGCACUUGACCACUUAGAAGCUCAGAAGAAAAGAGUGGAACGAGUUUACAACAAACGUGUCAAAAGUAAGAGUUUUCAAAUGGACCAGCUCGUCUGGAAAGUCAUUCUACCCAUUGGGGCGAAGAAAGAAGGACUAGGGAAAUGGUCCCCAAAUUGGAAAGGACCAUACAAAGUUGUCCAAAUACUGGGUAACGGUGCAUAUAUACUUGCUGACAUAGAUGGUCGAGUUCAUGAUCGGGCCAUUAACGCACAAUACUUGAAGAAAUACGUCCCGAGCUGCUGGGAAGGGGUUGAUAGACGUAUCUUCGAGAAGUAA